CGGUAUCCGUACACCGUGGGAACUGCGAAGCAAUGGAGCCGCCGGAAUGCCCAGUGUGUCUGCAGCCUUACGAGUUCGCGGGCGACUCUGUUCCUCGCGUUCUCCCUUGCGGCCACUCUGCGUGCGAGUCCUGCAUCUCCGCCCUCCCCCGUCGUCCCGCCGCACCAUCCACCGUUCGCUGCCCUGCAUGCAAUAUUUUGAUCCGCAUUCCCGACCUCGGUCCUUCCGCCCUCCCCAAGAACAUCGAUCUCCUCCGACUCCACUCCCCGGAUUCCCGAUCUCCAGGCCUAGAUGCGGUAUCAAACUCCGGUUCCAAACCAAAUCCUUAUCCCAUCUUCUUCCCACUCCCUUGGAACGAGGACCUCUACUCCAAAUGGAAGGACUUGGUCCUCCCCCAUGAUUCCAUCUCCUUGGUCACUUUCGACUGUCGAUUGGGAUCUGCUACUGCUUCUUUUUACUCUUCCUCCUCUUCCGUCCUCAACAACCGUACGGUGAUCCUCAUUCCCCUUGUCGCUUUGAGCUCUUUCAGCGCCCAGCGCGGGCCAUUACGGCUAAGUUAUCUGGCGAGAGUGAUGAAUUCGCUGAUGCGGAUGGGGGAAGACCGUAUGAAUCAUCUAGGUUUACUACUGGAAGUUUCGUCAAGUUGUCGCCGGCGGAUUUCAAGGGUCUUCGGUUUGUGGAUGGACCCUAAGGAGGAGCUUUCUCCCCUUUUUUUAGUCUGUGAGAGGUUUGAUAAAGUCGUUUUGGAUGUUCUGAAUGACGAGAAGUGUGUCAAUGAGAUGUUUGCUUUUGCUAUGAUGGCGAUGGAGAUGUGUGAAGCGGUGAUGAGUCUGCAUUAUGUAUGCAUUGUCUGUGGUUGUUUGUUGCCUGAGUGCUUUGUACUCGACGAGCUUGGACAUUGCAUCCUUGAUUUAAGCAGAGUUUUGGUUAGCGGAAAGAGAAUUCGUGAGAAGAUUAGUGGUGCCGCGGUCUCUGAUUCAUCAGUAUUUGCAAGUCCGGAAGUACAUGUUUUUUUGCAGGGUGGUGUUAGUGCUGCUGAGUGUGGUUUUGAUGAUUUUGUUGGUUAUGGAUCCGAUGUUUGGUCCUUGGCUUGUGUAAUAGCUAUGAUUCUUUGCGGUGAUACUAUUCUUGGGAAGGAGCUGUUUCAGGGAUUCUUUGAUGUCUUCUGUGGAGGUGUUGAUGGACAUUUUGCAGAGAUAUUGUUUGAUCAUUAUGAGGUCUGGAAGGAAAAGGUGGUCUCAAAAUUGGAGGCUUUGCUUCUAGAAGCUAAACUAGAGUCAUUACUUCAAAUUCUCAAAUCAAGCCUAAGUUAUCAACCACAAAACCGUCCUCAAAUUAAAGAGCUGUGGAGUUGCAUUAGGAGCUUGCUAACAAAAACUCAAGUGGCUUCUUUGGCUGCAAUGGAUACUUCUGAAGUAAAGGAGAGUCUUGUUAGCUGCACAAUAAUUGGAGAUAUGUGUUUGGCACCUUCUGAAACUAGUAGUAUUUCAACAAAACUAGGGAUAGAUGGAUCCUUAGUUGACAAUUUUAAUGUUGGUGAGGUUUGUAGCAGCAGACAUAUGUCAGAAUGUGUGAAGCAAGAUUGGGUUAAUGCAGACCACUGUGAAGGGUUGGAGGGUGAUGGUUUUAAAUCAAUUACUAUUGAGGCGCACAAUGACUGCAUCACAGCAUUAGCUGUUGGAGGAGGUUAUCUAUUUAGCGCCUCCUUUGACAAGACCAUCAAAGUUUGGUCCCUCCAGGAUUUCUCUCUUGUGCAAACCCUGAAAGGACAUGAACAUAAAAUCAUGGCUAUGGUUGUUAUGGAUGGAACUCAGCCACUUUGCAUCAGUGGUGAUAGUUCAAGUGGAAUUUUUGUUUGGAAUAUUAGCUCCUCUGCCAGUCAAGAAUUGCUAAAGAGUUGGUAUGAGCAUAAUGAUUGGCGGUAUAGUGGCAUACACUCAUUGGCUGUAUCAGGAAUUAGUCAUCUAUACAGUGGUGGUGGUGACAAAUCCAUUAAAGCUUGGUCAUUGCAGGAUUACUCCCUUACUUGUGUUAUGACAGGUCACAAAUCAACUGUAUCCUCGUUGGCUUUAGUAGAUGGAGUUCUAUACAGUGGAAGUUGGGAUGGCACUAUUCGGCUAUGGUCCCUUUAUGACCAUACUCUAUUGUCAGAGUUGGGUGACAAAACACCUGGUAGUUCUUACCCUGUCUUGUCUCUCAUUGUAAAAGAUCAUUUCGUUCUUUCUUCAUAUGAAGAUGGGUGUAUAAAGAUUUGGAGAAAUGAUGAGUUUAUUAAAUCAAUUAAAAUUCAGAACGGUGCAAUUUUUGCGCUACAUGUAGAUUCAAAUUGGAUGUGCACUGGGGGCUGGGAUAUGAUUGUCAGCAUUCAGGAGCUUUUAGUAGAUGGGUUGCUAGUGGAUGUCAGGCCUGUUGCUUCUCUAAAUUUUGAUUCUGUCAUAACUUCUCUAUUACAUUGGCACGGGAAGCUUUUUGUAGGAUUCUCUAACAAGAUAAAGGUAUUCUACGGUGCCACAUAAGGGUUCGGAGCCGCAGAUCAAUAUCCUUCCUCUAUAUUUUGUAUAUUUGUUCAUAAGUUUUCCUUUGAUUGAAUUUCCAAAUAGUCGCAACUGAUAUUUGGUUAUGUAAUAUAUCUUUUGCAUUGAAAAUUAACGAAGGGAAAAGUUGCAUGACAUUAUUCUGUAGCUAUAAUGUACUUCAAUCACACUUUAUGGCUUCUCAGAUCAGAACUUCACUCUUUCGCUUGAAACAUUAUGGCAUUUCAAUGAGGACAAUAUUGACAG